CUUCCAUCUGCCAAAAAGAAUACACGCAUGCCUACCUUGGACUAUUUUGCUUCGAAUAGCUUAUCUGGAACAAAAAGGUUCUUUCUUCCUUUAGCCCUCAUCCAUCUACAGCUAGAAUGGCAGUUACAUUAUAACAUCCCAGCUGUAUUUGCUCAGUUGCAAUUUCCGUAGCUGCAACGGCCUUGCUUGUGCAGCUUCCCAACGACCCACGCCGCCCUUUCUGUCCUAUCCAAGGCCGCGAACCUCUACCUGGGUCCCCAGUCUCGCAUCAUCGACCUCGCUACGGAGUACGAUACCAAUAGCUCUGCUCUCUUUCCACUCAGGUAGAGGUAGAGAUACCUGAAGCGUUGAACCAAAGCUGCUGCUAGCCCGUCUUUGUUUUUUACCGGUACGUCCCCAUCAGGAUGUGCGACUCUAGCUUUGCUGCACAAUGACCCGAAGCUCUUGGUCUUCGUACAGGACGGAAAAUGACAGGCAUCGCGACUAACAACGAUUUCCCGCUAAUGACAUGAUUACGAGCCACAGACCAACCGCUUGGCUGUCUAGACCCUCUACGUCCCAUUUUGCGCAUGCCUCUUCGCGACAGGCGUUGACUUUGAUUCACUCUCCUCACUCUGAUAAACCAGUGCCGGUGACGUCCCUUUCCGGGUUUGCUCUCCUUCCUCCCGUUUUCCCACCUUUCGUCUACCUCUUCUCUCCCGCAACGUCGUCUCCCAGGUAGGUCCGGACACAUGGCGGAAUACGAAAGAGAACCACAUCAUAUUGUCAGGCUCCUCCGCGGAUACUUACUUACUUCUCGCAUAGCCAAGGUACCCUGGCCGACAUCUGCAGCGAACCCACUUCAGAGCUGCCCUCCACCUCCACGCCUCCCUCUCUCUCCGCACCAGCUCGCACCUGGACUGAACCUGGACCGGGCCUCGACUUGAACGUGGACGCACGGCUCCUCAUCCCCGCCACGCCCAUCCGCUGCCGUCACUUCGCAAACAACUUUUGUCGUGCCACUCAACACUUCCAACCUCCUACGAGAACACCUGUAAUAUACUGUUCAUGGCCACUCGCUGAAAAAAACAGAUCCUCUGUCGUUGUAUCGUUGAUCCUGCUCUUUAGUUCUGUGUCUCUCAACGCCAUACACACACAAUGGCGCCGCUUCGUGGAGGAGAACAGGUCUAUGCGACGCUUCUGUUGAACGACACAUACCUUCCAGGCGCAUUGGUUCUUGCUCAUUCUCUCCGCGAUGCCGGCACUUCGAAACAGCUGGUCGUGCUCGUCACGCUCGAUACCGUAUCUGCCGAGGUUAUCACAGAACUCAAGGCUGUCUACGAUCAUGUCAUACCCGUGCCGCGCAUUCGCAAUGCUCGACCAGCGAACUUGUACCUCAUGAACCGGCCUGAUCUCCAUUCGGCCUUCACCAAAGUCAACCUCUGGCGCCAGACUCAAUUUUCCAAAAUUGUCUACAUCGAUGCCGAUGUCGUCGCCUACCGAGCUCCUGACGAACUGUUCGACAUUGCCGCGCCCUUCUCUGCCGCACCCGAUAUCGGAUGGCCGGAUCUUUUCAACACUGGUGUAAUGGUUUUGAGCCCCAACAUGGGAGACUACUAUGCUCUCAUGGCGAUGGCGGAGAGGGGCAUUUCUUUCGAUGGUGCCGACCAAGGUCUCCUCAAUAUGCACUUCAAGAAUACGUACAACCGCAUCAGCUUCACCUACAAUGUCACACCCUCGGCGCAUUACCAGUACGUGCCUGCGUACCGACACUUCCAGUCCAGCAUCAACAUGGUGCAUUUUAUUGGCCCCGAUAAGCCGUGGUUCCAAGGUCGACAAGCGAGCAAAGGAGAUUCGCCAUUCGAAGACAUGAUUGGAAGGUGGUGGGCCGUUUACGACCGGCAUUACAGAGUUGCCGAAACAGCACCUGCUCCGCCACAAGAGCAGCAGCCACAGGUUCAGGAGGAGCAUCCUCCUGUUCAGCAGCAGCAGACACAUCAAGAACAGCAGGUUCCUGAGAUUGUACAGUAUUUUACUAAAGGAGAAUUCCAGCCGCAAGCUACGCAAGCAGCAUCAACGGGUGAGCAUUUUCACGCGGCGGAAACGCCCCGUAGCCACGGUGGCACACACUACCAGACGGCGCCCCCUUCCUCGGGUCAUCCGGCUCAUGGCCCUUCCCACCAUGAUGCUCACGAUGCUGGCUCUUCCCAGCCAUGUGUUCAUCACGAACAGCCCCAUCAUGGUCAAGGAUCCCAGCCUGAGAUCGCGUAUCAGGCUGGCCAUUCGUUACCCCCUUCGAGCGAUUCAUUUGGUGCUUUUGCUGGAACGCAAGCUGAGGCUCGAUCAGAGCAGAUUUCAGCACAUGAGGGGCGGGGUGAAUCAGUACCAGUGGAGCAACCAAGAGAGCCAACUCCUCCGCCAGCAUGGGACGCUCAGAGACAACCCCCACCGGCAGAUUCAAGACCAGAGGCACUCAACUUCCCUUCACAGACGUAUGAGAUGUCUCAGGACCCCGCUCCAUUUGUGCCCCCCCAACGAUACCCGAGUCCCCCAAGAAACAUGUGGUAUGAGGUUCCGAAGGACAAGCCAACGCAGAAGCCUCGUCACCUCUUCCCGUGGGAGAUCAACCAACCCAAGCCGACCAGAGUCUUCACUGCGGAUUUGGCCGAGCCGGAAGCCGAAGAAUCUUCGAGCACGCCGACUGGUGAGCACGCGGCGUCUUUCACGGCGUCUUCCACAUCCCAGGCUCCCGCUGAGCCGUCUCUUUUAGGAUCAUCGACGACUGGUCAAAAGAGCGAGCCCAGCACCCCAGCCACUCCAACUAUCAAAGUCAGCCCGUCGGACCCUUGGACCGCUUUUACACGUACGAAUGCUUGGGAUGAAGUACCCGAAAUCGAGCGUUACGUCGAGGGUCUCCAGAAGCAUCGUCGUGGGAAGAGCCAGGGCUCGGUGGGAAUCUCUGAUGGAAAGACAGCAAAGGAGCAUGGGCUCAAGCUCACAGACUUCCCUAGCGUAGUCGACAGACCUAGUCUUCCAGUCACUCCUGCACCUAUCCGUCGGCCAAAGUUCUGGGGCGGUGGCCCCAAACCUGGCGACGGAGAGGAUGAUGAGGAGCUGCCGGUCGCCCAGGGCGUGCCGCCGCAGACUGACUGGGUAUGUGUGCAUGGAAUUCGGUGGACUCCCGCAGACUGUCUUUGCGAAUAUACUAACCUGCCCUUGCGCCCCAAGGACCCUUCUGCACAGCUUCAGGAAUUGGCUAAGCAGCAGUCAGAGGCUUUGUUGAAGAAGCUCGGUGGUGGUGAAGGUGGACCCGAGGGUGUGAGUCGAGAGAUCCCGAAACGUUCCUUGCCGUUCGGCUCGGAGAGAGUGUUUCCACCUACUUAUGUUGCGCAGUCGUCUAAAGGAGUAGUACUCAGUCCGCAGCCGGUGAAAGGCAGCGCGACUACGAGUGUUUUGCGCAAUCUGGGUGGUGAGCAGGCACAGAUCCAAGAGCCGGCGUAUCAAGGUCCGGGUACCGCCUGGGAGAGAGGAGAGGGUGCUCCCUUGUGGGAGACGCCUGCACUUCCUACAGAGGAACAGCGCGAUGUGCUUGACACAUAAUGGGUAAUGAAGCAUGGGACUCCUGUCUAAUAAUUACAUCAUACAGCAGCAGUAUUUUAGGCUUACGAAGGAUGGAUCUGGUGGCAUAUGGCAUGGAAAGGGGGAGCUUCAUUGUAUUAUAUUGGUGGCGAUGUUUCCGAGGUGCCGUCCAUUUCAUUUGCGGGGCGUGAAGGUCAUAAUGUCGGGACGAAGAAUGGCGAGUCGGAUUCGAUGAAUUGGUAUAUAUACAUAUCUUGUCAAUAACCCUGCUUGCGUAGG